UCAGUCGCACGUCGAGUGCAGUCGCGAUCAAUCGACCGUGUGAGGAUCGACCGUGUGAGCAUCGACCGCGCGAUCGUGUGUAGCCUCUUUCGGCCGGUUGAUAAGGAGACGGUGAAGUGCGCGCACUUGCGUUUGCUACAUAGUGUGCGGUUUGGAAAGCUCCCGUAUAGCGAGCUUGACGUUUUUCGUCGUUAUUCAACUAGAGGAGAUAUACAGUGCGGCUCGUUUGGAGAAGUUCGGCGGAGGUGAAACUGUGUGCUACUGCAGCGAGUUCUCAACUCGGCAUAAUCGGAUACGAUGCUGAUUAGGUCUGGCGGGCUUUUAAAAUCUUAAAGACCGGGCACGAUUUUUCAGUGCGCCGCGCAGUGUACCCGGUGAAAGUCACGGCGGUAUUAAUAAUUCGCCCGCGCGCGACGUUUAAAAAUAAAGCUCUUGCCCGAACGGGAGAGAGAGAGAGAGAGAGAGAGAGAGAGAGAGAGAGAGAGAGAGAGAGAGAGAGAGAGUAAGAGAAAAAGUCGAAUCGAAGUCCGGGUAAACAUUGCCGAAAUGUUCGGCGUCGAAGUAGAUGCUGCUGGGUGUUGUUGACCGACUGCCAGAAUUCGGACUUCGCAAUGCCGAAUUUACGCAAGCUGCGUAAUAAUUCUCAUCCACUCGAGUUGAAUUUUGCGAAAUCGUCCAAGCCGAUAAAUGAAUACGAGCCGAGCGACGGUCGGGAGAACCGAUGCUCCUACUGCGACCAAUGAUCAACAGACCGAAUGCUCGCGAGAGCGCCCGUUUCAUGGAACCAGCAGUUUUCUCUGACGUUGAGAAAAAAAGCUGCGAAGCGAAACACGGUAAAUUUAGCCGUUUGAUCGCAGCGCCUGCAAUCAGCGCUGUUAGGUGGAGCAAAUGUUGUAAUUGCACCCUCGCUGGUGAAUCCUUGCUGGUUUGAAGAUUAAAGGCCCUGACGAGUCGUCAUGAAAAUCACGCAGCAUCACCCUUUGAUCUCGGCAACGGCUCGACGUGUCGAGGAUGCCGAAGACGGCGCCGACACUGCAGCCGAGCCGGUGAUUCGUUUAAAGCUGGACAAACCGGCGCACUGGGACUGGCAAUUGACCACGACUGCGGACGCGUUGCCGGUGAUCCAACUGCUCGACAAGGAUGGCAAGCUGCUUGUGGAAACGAGCGGUCGAGUGGCACAGCGAGCGCGCGGCUCAUUCCGCGACGGUCUCAAGUCCCACGAAUCCUUCCCUCAACCCGUGAAGGAGGAGGAGGAGGUCGCGGAGCCGGCAGAGACCAAGCCGAUAAUCGGCAAUCGCAAUUACGAGGGCUUCAGCAGCAAGUUUGGCUCCGCCUCGUGCGGCUUUCAGCCGAGAAAGUCGCGCAGCGAGACGACAGUCGCCUCCUCCUCCCAGGGCCGCGGAGCGCGCAAAGUGCGUAAGCGACACUCGUCCAUCGCCUCGGAGCUGCAGCCGCAGACGAAAAAGGACGGACCCAAGAGGUACUCAGCCGGCGAUUACUUGCGCCAGCAGAUACUCGAGGACCUGUCUAAGCGAUGCGACGUCGUCGGCGAGGAGGAGCCGAGCCAAAUAGCAAGGAACAGGUACAAGAGGAUGAAAGCCCACUUGCGCAGCCAGAGCGACGUCGUACAACGGAGCAAUGAUGCGUCUGAGGAGAAGCCGGAGCAUCUCAAAGAACUGACAAACGAGGAGACGACUCUCGCGGGCAAGCGGCUGAACAAGGAAGACCUAGACAAGAUCAGAAGCUUUCUGCAGCAGAAGAUUCAGGCGAAGAUGCAGGAGGAGAUGCUGCUCUCCUCUCCACGAGCAGAUGCGCCCAGGGAGAACAGCGUGCUGAGGCGGGCGAUGGACGUGAGGAAGAGGCUGUCAGACUGCGCGAGGGACAAGGAGAGGCCGGGAGCCCUGAAAAACUACCGGACGAGGAAGAUUCGAAGCGAUGCGAACAUAAGAUUCGAACCCGACGUCCUCGAGGCCUCCAAGAACAAGCAGAAAGUCUCGAAGAAGAACUCCUCGGGCUCGGACAAGCGGAAGGUGUACCGGAAGACGAAGAGCGACGUUCUCCUGAGCCACCACUUGGCUGGUAGCACUUUAGACUCGGAAAAGGAUCAGCCGCUGACGGCGCAGAGCAAUUACCCGACCAGACGUAUUAAGAGCCAGGACAACUUCGAGCGCUCCUGGCGCGAGUACAAGGAGCGCAAGAAGCAGGAACGGCUGCACAAAGACUCAGACCAUCACAAUCUCGUCGAGGAGGACUUCAUGAAGAAGCCCAGGUGGAAAGACCUGCAGAAGGCCUCCUUCUGCCUCGUGAAAAACUGCAAGGUCUGCGAGAACUCGAGGAGCUACGUCGAUCCGAUGAAAAACCCAUCCGCCGAGGAACCGCUGACCGAGACAGGCGAGAGGCCGAGCAUGAGUCUCCAAGAGAACUACUUGAGGAUCGAUCCCUCGACGAACGAGCCGCAGCCCUGCAAAGACGAGCAGCGCCGCGAACGAUCUCCUGACUUUGGCUACAACUCCAUAUCCAAGCGCAACGGCCUCACCAAAGGCGGCUCGUGCGCUAACUCGAACGUCAAGAAGAGCGACACCUUUCGCGUCGUCGACGGCAGGGACGACGAGCAGGAGGCGGAGGAGGGAAACGCGGUGUGCUAUGAUUACACAAAUAAAACGAAUGAAGAUAUCGCGCGAGACUACUUCAGACGGGUUUACGAACUGUUGCGCAGGAGACAGGAGGAGGCCAAAAAGCUGGCCGAGAGCGGGCGCAUCGACGCGAGGUGCGAAGACACGUCUUCCUCGAACUACUUGCAGGAUGAGGAGGAGGUCGCCCAGUGCAAAAGACGCAGACGCCGGAGAAAAAUGGAGAAGCCGCCGGCUGAAGGCGAGGACGUGCUACUAGUCUCACCAGGAGCAGCGGCUGGCCGUCGCGAAGCCUGGCGUUCCAUAAACGGCUCGGCAGUCAACUGUCGAGGUCAGCAGCAGGAGCAGCAGCGACAGGAAGGCUCAUCUCUCGCCAAACGGCCUCGGCACCCGGCACCUCCGCCACCGCCUAUCCGCCACUCGUCCUCGUCGUCGGCGGCGAACAAGGAAAACAACAGGCCAGCGGAACAAGAGAGGCGCGAUGAGGCUGCGGUAGAGAAGAGCGAGCAGGAGAUGGGCUCGAACCUCAGUAGACACAACGGCAAGGGCCUCAACGGCAGGAGAGCCCAGUCGUCCGGGAAUCUCUGCGAUUCCAAGGGCAUCAGUGUCGGGAAGAUACUCGUGCCUUGUUCCAGAUCUUCGAGAGAGAGUAGAUACAAAUUUUGCGGUUCACUGCCGAAUCACCUCGACGGGAAGGAUUCACUGGACGAUGACCCGAGCGAAAACAAUAACGUCAUUACUGACACUAUCAGCGGUAAUCUCGGUGGCACUUUGCCAUACAAGAAGAAGCACGCUGGUGCUCACUACGUGGACGAGUCGACGAAUACCUUGGACCUCGUAAAACAUCGAUCGGACGAGUCUCUCGACGGCGAUCCUUGGAAAUACCGACAGGAGGGCGUGGAUCUGGUGAAAUGUCGACACAUCGAGUCGCUUCGCAGAAGCCGCGGCUCGGACGCCGGUAGCACCGGCAGCGGCUGCCACCAUCAUCAUCACCAUCACGAGUGGCGUCGAAAUUCGAGCACAUUGUCGCGAGGUCGAGCUCAUCGGAGCGCCGAACUCGAUGUCGUCGGGACACUGCCAAAACGAAGACAGGACUCGACGAAACGCAGCGCACCGUCGUUAGGGGAACUCGGCGACGGACCCACGCGAGCCAGUCGGAUUUCCAUCGAUAAAAUCGACGACGAACUUCUGUUGAAAAUGGUGCACAAGCCCGAUUGCGAACUGGUGAAACAUCGACAGCAGCAUCAUCAUCAGCAUCAUCAGCCCCAGCAGUCCAAACAGAAAGAUUCCCACGCGCAACAUCAUUCGCAUCAGCAGGGCAAGUGUGUAGAUCUAAAGCUGCAUAAGCUUACGACGGGUGGGGAACCGCAGGAUCAAGGAUAUGCGUCAGAGAGAUCGCCAGAGGAUGAACAUCCGCCGUCGUUGCCGGGGCAACCUUUUCCUAGUGUUACGCCAGAGAACACGUUCCGGGUGACCCUGAAGAAAAGUACCCGCGGCCUGGGUCUGAGCGUGUCGGGCGGCGGCACAGCAGGUCCAGUGCGGGUCAAGCGGCUCUUUCCCCAGCAGCCAGCUGCCCUGUCCAACAAACUUCAACCGGGCGACAUUCUGCUGGCAGCCAACGACAUUCCCCUCACAGGCCUCACCAACUACGAAGCGCUGGAGGUGCUGCGCACGACUUCGUCGACGGUCGAGCUGGUGGUGAGUCGGCUUCCCGGCAGCGACUCGGUGGGAUCGCCAUCGGGGGCAGCGCCGCCGCCACCGCCAACCCGCAGAGAUAACCCUGGGCUCACCCUCAAGAUACCUCUGAACCCGUUGCCGCCGCUGGACGUCGAGCCAUGUGGGGAAUUCGACAUCGAAAUGACCAAAGUAGCGGGCAGCCUUGGCUUCACGCUUCGCAAGGCCGACAGCAGCGCGCUCGGGCACUACGUUCGCGCUUUGGUGCGUGAACCAGCCAUGAGCGACGGCCGCAUCCAACCAGGCGACAAGAUCGUCGCUGUCGACGGAGCACCUCUCUCACCGAUGAGCCACGAGGAAGCCGUUGCUCUGCUCAGGCAGUGCGGUCCAACAGUGAGACUUCGGCUCUACCGGGAUCUAGCGCAGACUCCUGUCUCGGCGCUCUCGCCUACCGAACCCGAGUAUCCGCCUCGACCUGCCAAAACGAGCCUUAGACAAGAGGCUGUCGACAUGCUGUGCGAUUUGGCGGUACGAAAAUUAUCACCAGGCACGUCGAGCGGUGGUUCCAGCUGUCCUCGUCAGUCGUCGGGCACAUCCUGUAAUUCACCGCGAAGGUUACGCCGACCAGCUACUCGUUCAUCCACUGCCGACACGGACGAAGGAGGCAGCAGCGGGCGUAACAAUCGUCACUCGCACGCCUCGAGCCAGAGCCAGGAGACCUCAGACUCGGACCAGUGCUCGAUCAAGACCCAGCUCACGAACUCCCAGCCGGAAACCCCGGCCAACGACAUAAUAGACCCGCCCGCGCUCUACGUCGUCUGCGACUCGAGCGACUCGUCCGGCAUUCGUAUCCAGCAACAGCAGUCGCGGCCGAGCUACCUCGACCUGCAAGCACCGCCGUCGGACAGUAAGCCCCGCUUCCAGUACAGCUUUGACUCGGACGGCAGCGAGAACGUCGGUCCGGUCAUCGUCACCGACAGCGACAACUCCAACUUCCGGGACGAUCAGCCAGCUCUGGGACUGUCCAGCGACGAGCACGACACGGCACUGCCCAACGAGCCCGUCUCUAUGCCACCGCAGCUGAGCAGUACAAGCAACACCAGUACCGCCUUCAGCUACAAAAAUCCGGCCUAUCAGAGCGCUAAUCCCUCUUGCGGACUGAAUUUGCCCACCGACGACAAAGCCAAGAUUUCUCAUUCCAGCGAGCAAGAUAUUCCAGGUAAAAUUAUGGGCGCCGACGAUCCAGGCGGUAGCAAAGGCCUACUCAAGUGGAAAGGUGUGAUGUUCGCACCGAGCGAUAGCGACGAAACCGACGGUCGAUGCAAAAUACAGGAAGACAGGGACGCCAGUGAAUCAGCGGUCUUAUCGAGCCUUCAUGAACAAGGACACGAGGUGUUCAUGGUUGAGCUGACAAGAGGUUGGAACAGUCGACUGGGUUUCAGUUUACAACCGGAAGGAGAGAAUACAGUGAUAUCCGUGGUUCACCCGGACAGCGUUGCCGCCAAGGAUGGAAGGCUCAAGCAAGGCGAUAUUUUAAUAAUGGUAAACGACGAAAGCGUGGAGCACAUGUCAACGGCCAAUAUAAUUGAUCUGCUGCGGAAGAUUCGCGGAUCUAUAGGGAUAACGGUGUUGAGGCGUAAAAAGGAUGAUGCGACGUGAUGCUGAAAGUGUAACGCAAAAUAGUAGAUAGGCAUUUUUUUUUAAAUGCGCGGAACUUCUUUUGUGCGCUGUUCCUGUUGUUUUUCGCGUGUGGCUCACACACACACACUUGAUAUGUAAUGCAUUAUUCUUGCGACUUUUUCCACGAAAAGGGCUCGCAACGAAUUUGUUUUUUCAGCUUUCGAACGUAACGAAGUACUAAUUUUCACGGGAAAAUCGAUAAAUCGAAUAAUAGACUGAUCAUUUCAAGCAAUAAAAAUUAUUUAGUAACAAUUCUAAGAAUUGUAAAUACGAUUGCGUUAUAAUUGUAUUAUAUAUAUAUAAUGAAUAAUGUAAUGUUAAAUUAUUGUUGUCGAGUGCCUAGAUGCAAAAUAUCACGAAGUUAUAUAUAGCUGGCGUCCGAUAUAUUGUAAUCGUUUCUUUGAAAUGCAUAGCGCUGCGAAUCGGAAAUCCAUUCGGAACGCAAGUUCAAUUGUUGCCGACGGUGGAGUAGCUCAAACAAUAUAUUAUUAAUCAAGUAAUCAAAUCCUAGCUAAUCAAAAAUCGUAUAUAUAUAUAAACAAAUUCUACUAUAGUCGAUGAUGAACUAUACCUUCUUGUGUAAAUACAAAAGUUUUAAAACGAUUCAAAUUAUGAAAUGCCAAUAUAACAUGGUAACCAUCUGAUUACUUUUAAACGCGAGAUUUUAACGUAUAAUAUAUAAUUGAUGAUGAUGAUAAAAGCAGAAUACUUUGAAAAAUAUCAAGUCAUCAAAGAAUUAAUAAAAAGAUUUAUUUUGUCUAAUAGUUCAUAAUGAAUUUGCGAUUGAUUUUUACACUGCUAAUUUCUUAUAUGAAAUUAUUGGUCGACCGGAGUUCGAUAAUUUGUUGUGAGGUAUUUUUUUAGACAACUUUGAAUGCACCCUUUUUAUUCUUUUUUUGAUACUUGUAUUUAGUUGCUUCAGAAACUAUAAACAUAUCAUACAUUUUUAAAUCAUCUCGCAUCAUUAUAUAAUGAAAUGAAUUAUUCAAAAUAAACUGUAACAAAAUAAAACGAUUUCUAAACGGUCUAUCCUUUUCUGCCUGUAUACUGUGGUCCAUUAAGUAACAAAGAAUUUAAAAUAAUGCCACGUACGCGAGUGUAGAGUACAGUAUACAACACGUAUUUAAUGCAGACAAUUUAAAGAGACUAUUGAACUAAAUGUCGAACAAAAUAUAGGAAAACAAAACGCGCGUUUAAUCGUAGAUAGCGAGCGACAAUUCAAAAGUGGGAGUGCGAUUAUUCUCUUCUAGCGAAAAGAUAUACGAAAAUAAUAAAGGAUUUAUCGAGAGGCGAAUGUACACAUUAUAUAUACUUAAUGAAUGUGAUAGUUAGUUUUAUGAUAGAAGCGUCAUUAGGAUCCUUUAAAAAAAGCUUUAUCGAACGUUAUAACGAUUUAGCAAAAAAUUAAAUUAUGUAUAUCUAUAAAGAAAUCUUAUCGAAAUACCAAAGUAUAAGCGUGUAAAUAAUCAAAGACAUUUAUUUUAAUUCUAUGCGCUUUGUAACACGAGCUCAUUAUAACAGUUAUAAAUUAUUAAAAGAUUGCUAGCUCAUUGUUUUCGCAUUGUUGAAGUUAAAUGCCUUUUUGUCAGACUGCGAUGUUAUUCUGUAUCAAAAAUAAAGUUCAACGUCUUUCGCAUA